UGUUGGACUCUAUUUAUUAUUACUCAUUUUAUUCACAUGUAGUGAGAGAAACUCACACAACAACAACACAGAGAGCGAAAAAAACAGCAGUACUACUAAUCAAGGCAUCACAACAACACAACAACAACUUGUUCCUCUCCUCAUCUCCAAGUCUCUCCUCAAAUCUCUCCAGCCUCAGCGCCAUGGAUUCUCAUAUCUAUGGCGCCACGCGUGAUCUCUCUCUCCUUGUUCUCUCUCUUCUCUUCCUCUCCGCUUAUGCAUUGCCCGCAACUUCGUCUCAGAUCAACUCAAAUUCCGUGCUGGUUGCACUGCUGGACUCGCGCUUCACCGAGCUCUCGGAGCUUAUCGAGAAAGCGUUACUUCUGCAGACUUUAGAACAGGCGGUGACGAGGCAUAAUAUUACUAUUUUUGCGCCGCAGAAUGAGGCUCUGCAGCAAAAUAUUGAUGCCGAGUUUAAGCGGUUUCUUCUGGAGCCGAGAAAUCUCAAGUCUCUGCAGAGUCUUCUGUUGUUUCAUAUUAUUCCGAAGAGGAUAGAGUCGUAUCAUUGGCUUCAUGCAAAGCAUGCAACGCUCUCGGGUCCUCAUUUGAACCUGAAAUAUAAUCAUUUAAAGAGUGAACAUUUUGUCGGUGAGGCGAAAGUGACCCGACCCGAUGACAUAACCCGACCCGACGGGGUCAUACACGGGAUUGAGCGGCUGCUCAUUCCUAAAUCGGUAGAAGAAGAAUUUAAUGCUCGGAGAAGUUUAAGAUCGAUCUCCGCGGUUUUACCCGAGGGAGCUCCGGAAGUUGACCCGAGGACGAACAGGCUCAAAAAGCCUGUUCCGGUUCCCGUGGGAGCUCCCCCGGUUUUACCGGUUUAUGAUGCUCUGGCGCCGGGACCGUCUAUAGCCCCGGCGCCAGCGCCCGGGCCUGGUGGCCCGAAGCAUCAUUUUGACGGCGAGAGUCAAGUGAAGGAUUUUAUUCAGACACUGCUGCAUUACGGUGGAUACAAUGAAUUGGCAGAUAUUCUGGUGAAUUUAACAUCAUUAGCUUCGGAAAUGGGAAGAUUGGUCUCUGAGGGUUAUGUGUUGACAGUGUUGGCGCCGAAUGAUGAGGCGAUGGCGAAAUUGACUACUGAUCAGCUGAGUGAGCCUGGCGCGCCCGAACAGAUAAUGUAUUAUCAUUUGAUACCGGAGUAUCAAACGGAGGAAAGUAUGUAUGGCUCUGUCAGGAGAUUCGGGAAAGUGAAUUAUGAUACUUUGAGAUUGCCUCAUAAGGUUGUUGCUGAGGAGGCUGAUGGCUCGGUUAAAUUCGGACAGGGGGAGGGUUCGGCUUAUUUGUUUGAUCCGGAUAUAUAUACUGAUGGAAGAAUUUCGGUUCAGGGGAUUGACGGGGUUUUGUUUCCAGCGGAAGAGGAGACGAAGCCGGUUAAGAAAAUUGUGCCUGCUGCAAGUAAAGUUGCUGCUAAAUCAAGAAGAGGCAAGUUGAUGGAAGUCACAUGUAGUAUGCUGGGGGCAUUACGACAGGAUCAUCGUUUCACUAGCUGCCACUCAUAAUUCAGACUCAAGUAAAAACCCUCAAAGCAACAAUAAUCAAGCACAACAAUGCAGCAAGGUAACUAUAUGCAUCGAAUUCCCGAUACUAAACGUCGUCGUACGCUGCCUCUGUUUCUCAGGCUCAGUGUUCUUGUUCUGGAAUGUUAUAUCGCAGUUGUAGAAAGACCCUGGUUGAGUAGUAAUAAAGGGUCAGAUUUGCUUGCAUUCAAGUAAACCUUAGCUGAAACACAACUUUCUCUGGUCAUAUAUACUGUAAUUACUUUUUCAUUUUUUGCUGUAUUUAAGUUUGUUUUGCCUGCACAAAUAUAAAAAUACUCAAAGAACAUAAUUUGUGUGUUCUUUUUGCUUUUUUGAUAAACAAUUGUCUGUGCAUUGUGAGUCAUUUGCACACAUUAUAAUCUACAUGUCUGGUGUUUUGUAA